GAUAAACAAUUAAAUAUUCAUUAAGAAAAAAAAAGAGAAAAAGAUGGCUAUGGAAAAAUUAAUUUCGUGUCUAAUUUUAUUGGCGUUGACCGCAUUUUCAGGAGGGCAUGCUGACCAAGGAAAAGAGUCAUGGGCCAAAAAACUUAGAAAAGGGCACCAAGCAGUAACCACUCUGCAAUUUUACUUCCACGACAAACUGAGUGGAUCAAGCCCAAGUGCGGUCCGGAUUGUUGAGCCCACAAGUGCCAGCAAAUCUCCGACCCGCUUCGGAGUGGUGAUGAUGGCCGAUGAUCCAUUAACAAUUGGGCCUGAUCCAAAAUCUACAGAAGUUGGACGAGCCCGUGGGCUGUAUGGAUCAGCUGGGCAGAAGGACCUGGGCCUUAUCAUGGCCAUGAGUUAUAGCUUUACACACGGCGAAUACAACGGAAGUUCUUUCAGCCUUCUGAGCAUCAACCAUGCUAUGAACCCGGUUCGCGAAUUGGCCGUGGUCGGUGGGACCGGUCAAUUCCGGCUGGCCCGUGGGUACGCGCUGGCCCACACGCAUUCCUUGGAUGUUCCAACCGGAGAUGCCAUCAUUGGUUACAACGUCACCCUUAUUACAAACAAUUGAAUAUCUUCUCUUAAUUCAUUUUAAAAUGUUGGAUUAAUCGAUCAUUGUGGAUAAGGUCUAAUAAUGCUUAGCUUAUUACCACGUAGAAUUGUUAGAGUUGUUUAAUCGGUACAGUUUUUAUAAUUAUUUGUUUUGCAGGAUUUCUAUUUGUCAUUAUUGUAUUCUUAAAGCGACAAUUAUUAGCAAUGAAGCGACAAUUUUGAUGAAGAUGUGAAUCAUAAAGCAAAUUCAAUGCCUUUAGGCAUUUGGGCAUUUCUAAUUCCAGUCUCUAUAAUUUUAUGGUACUCAAUAUUAAAAUAUAAUAUUCGGCAUUCCUAAUUUCAGUCUAUAAUUUUGGGCAUUUCUAAUUGUUAGAAGUGGCUGUACUUGAUACUAUUUCCGUCACGUUGUAAGGUUCCCAUAGCAAAACGGC